UCAUUUUAUGGUUUUCAAUUACUGGUAGUUUUACAUGCUGAGAUGACGUCGUUCAUAUCAAGAUUGCAAAUAUAUUUAUAUCUUUCUUUAAAUUAUAGUUUUUUUUCAAAGAAAAUAUGUGCCUAUCAUGUGCCCCAUUUUCUACUUUCGAUCAUCUCUCACUCAUUGAAACUUUGUGCAUGUAAUCAAAAGCCAAUUCUAAGUAAAUUCUCCUUAAUUCGGUGCAACGUAAUAAUUUUAUCUCUCUUUAAUUAACAAUUAAUCUCUCUGCAACUACAUCUUUUUGCUGGAUCUGAAAACUAGAGGUUAUGGAUAUCGCUUCUUCUUCUUCAUCCGCUGCUGCUCCUGCUGAUGCUGAUGAUACAAAAAAGUACGAUGUGUUUAUUAGUUUCAGAGGUGAGGACACCCGCCGUACUUUCACCAGCCACCUCCACGCUGCCUUACUUGAGAAAAAAAUCACAACUUAUAUUGAUGACAAGCUUAAGAGAGGAGAUGAAAUCACACCUGCCCUUCUCCAAGCAAUCAAGGAAUCAGAGCUUUCGGUGAUCAUUUUCUCGAAAGACUACGCUUCUUCCACGUGGUGUUUGGAUGAGCUUGUGCAUAUCCUUGAAUGCAAGGAAAAACAUGGCCAGUUGGUUAUACCCAUUUUUUAUGACACCCUUCCAUCGGAUGUACGAAAACAACAGAGGAGUUAUGCACUUGAUCUACUUGAACAACGUUUCCAGAACAGUAUCGACAAGGUGCACAAGUGGAGGGAUGCUUUGACGAAUGCAGCAAAUAUAUCUGGCUUUGAUUCAAAAAAUUAUGGGACGGAUGCUGAUUUAGUUAAGAAAGUUGUUGAAGAUAUUUGGACCAAAUUGUGUCGCGCAUCAUCCUGCAAUUUAAAGGGCUUGUUUGGAAUUGAAAGCCGCAUCGAGCAGGUCGAAUCGCUAUUAGGCAUUCAUUCAUCGGAUGCUUGCAUCACUGUCGGUAUUUGGGGCAUGGGUGGUAUUGGCAAGACCACCCUUGCUGAAACUAUAUUUCACAAACUCUCUUCUAAAUUUGAAGCUUCUUGUUUUGUUAAGAAUGUUAGGGAGAACUCAGAAAAAGCAGAUGGACUAGAUCACUUGGAAAAAACACUUCUUAAGGAGAUAUUAAAGGAAGAAGGUCUAUCCAUAGGAGCACCUGGUGUUCGAAAAAGGCUCAGCCGCACAAAGGUUCUCAUUGUUCUUGAUGAUGUGAGUAGUUCAAUGCAAAUGGAACGUUUAGCUGGCGAUCGUCUUCAGUAUGGCACUGGAAGUAGAAUCAUUAUCACAACUAGAGAUAGGGGCAUAUUUGGGAAAACUGUUGAAGAGGAUAAUAUCUACAAGGUUGAGGAAUUAAAACAGGAUGACGCUCUUCAGCUCUUCUAUUCGCGUGCUUUCAAGGAUAACAGUACUCGUAGGACAGAUUAUAAGGAGUUGGCAGAAAAGGUCGUGCAUUAUGCCAGAGGCUUUCCUUUAGCUCUUACAGUUCUGGGGUCCUUGUUCUUCAAUUGCAAGAGCAAAGAAGAAUGGGAAGAUGAAUUCAACAAAUUGAAACGAUUUCCCAGUGAAGAUGUCCAGAAAGUGUUGAGAAUAAGUUAUGAUAAAUUGGGAGACAAUGAGAAGGAGAUAUUUCUGGAUAUAGCAUGUUUUCAUAAAGGGAAGUCUCCGGUUGAGGUAAAACGAAUGUUAGAUGUUCGUGGAUUCUUUGCGACAUCUGGAAUUAGAAUUCUCAUUGAGAUGUCUCUCAUAUCAAUUGAUUCAAAACGGGGAAUGGAAACCAUAGAGAUGCACGAUUUGCUACAAGAAAUGGGAAGGAAAAUUGUUCAAGAACAAGGUAUUAAAGAUCCUGGUAAACGGAGUAGGUUGUUCAAUGAUGAGGAUGUCUAUCGUGUAUUGAGGAGUAACAAGGAAACUCCAAAUGUUGAAGCCUUAGAGUCAUUUAAUCUUCAAGGGCGAUCAUUGAAACAUGUUGGCUUCAAAAAGAUGUCUAACCUAAUAAUGCUAAUUUUGGGUGGUGGCUUCUUAUUCACCGGUUAUCUAGACCUUUCCAAUUCUCUAGACCUUCCCAAUUCUCUUCGUUAUCUUAAAUGGAAAGGAUAUCCACUAGAAUCUUUGCCAUCAAAUUUUACUCCGGAAAAUCUAGUUGAGCUUCAUAUGCCACAUAGCAAAGUUAAGAAGCUUUGGAAAGAAGAACAGAUACUUGUCAACUUACAAGUUAUCGAUCUGUCUUCCUCUAGUAAUCUAAUUGAAGUUCCAAAUCUCUCUGGGAGUCUAAAAAUUGUGAAGAUAAAUCUCAGUUGGUGUAGAAGUUUGGUUGAAAUUCCUUCGUAUUUUCAACAUCUUGACAAGCUUACUCAUCUUCAUCUUGGAGGCUGCAGGCUCAAGUAUCUUCCAGAGAUGCCAGGAAAUAUUCAAUACUUAAAUUUAGAAGGGAAUGGUAUAGAGGAGUUGCCUGACUCAGUUUGGUCUAACGAAAAUAUUUCUUACUUGAAUUUAGAUUACUGCCACCUUAAGAAACUUCCAAGCAGCAGGUGUAAGUUGAAAAAUCUCAAGAAACUCUAUCUUGGUUUCUCGUAUAAAGUUGAAAACCUCCCAAAGAUUUGGGAGCCAAUGGAACAGUUGAAGUCCUUACAUUUAAAUGGAAUAGCAGUUACAGAGCUACCCUCAUCAAUCUGUAAGUUGAAAUAUCUUGAGAGUCUUGAUCUCCAGUGCCAUAAAUUUUCCAAAUUCCCCGAAAUCUUGAAGCCAAUGGAACAUUUGGUGUCUCUUAGUUUGGAAGAUACAGCUGUCGAAAUGCUUCCAUCGUCUAUUGGAAAUCUAAUUAGGCUUCAAGAUUUAAAACUUAGCUGCUGCAAGCGACUUAAGGAUGUCCCAACAAGUAUCUACAGUUUAACCAAUCUUAAACGUCUCGACUUUUGUGGCUGUUGGAGACUUGAAAAAUUGCCUUCCAGCUCUGUUGGUUUUCUCUCUUUAGAAGAACUAGUACUCAGCUGCAGUGGUAUAUUGGAAAUACCAGCAAGCAUCAAACAAGCUUCUCGGUUGUCUAUACUCGACUUAAACUACUGCGAGCGGCUUCAAUCUAUACCAGAGCUCCCAGUGCUAUGUAAUGUUAGAGCUGAAGGCUGCAUGUCGCUGAAGAUUGUGUCAAGUUCAAGGACAGCACUCACACAAGGUUGGGAUAAACCUCAUUAUUGUAUCAGAGAUUUUACUAAUUGCCCAAAAUUGGAUAAUAAUUCAAGGAGCAACAUAAUGGAUGAUGCACAGAUUACAAUUAUGCGAAUGGCAAGGAAGGAUCCGUGGCCUCAGAUUAAGAUUGUAUGUCCAGGAAAAGAAAUUCCAAAUUGGUUCAGCUAUCAAAAUGAGGGAUCUUCAGUAGACAUCGUGCUUUGUCCAGAUUGGUUUCGAACAGGUUUAUUUGGUUUCGCUCUCUCUGUUGUUAUUAACAACGAGUGGGACUGUGAAGACUGCAGUGUAAGUGCUAAUUUCAUUGUCAAAUUCAUGGGUGAAAGCCAUGAACUGUUCAGUUCUAAGUACAUUAUCCUACGCUCCUAUGGCCGCCUACAUCACGUGCGUGUGUGGAAUGAGGCCUUUAGAAGUGAAGAGGUAGGAAAAAACUGCUCCCCUGAUGUUUACAAACUUGCCAAAGAGGCCUCUGUUGUCUUCUGCCUGGUGGAUGUUGAAGGACGACCUCCUCUCCCGCAUUACGAUAUGAAGGUGGAAAGCUGUGGUAUAUGCCCAUUGUAUGCCGAAGAUGCUGAGAAAUUCAAAUUGUUUGCCGAAGAAACAAGACAAGAUGAUGAUUCCAAAGGUGGUGGAUCAAGUGAUGAGUCUGAAGCAAAUGAAAGUGAUUAGGAAAAACUUUUUAAGCCAAAUUUGUACUUUGAUAGCUCACUUGUCUGACCAAGAAAUAAGACAACAACUAGGCAAGGACUUAUUAUUUUGGUAUUGUUUAUGCUUUAUACAUUAUAAAGCGCUAGUUAUGGAAGUGUAUAAUAGCCUAUUUGUUUAUCUUUAAAACUUGAUUUACCUUUAUAUC